AUGAAGUUUCUUGGCCAGCUUUCGGCUGCGCUCGCCCUCGUGGGCAGCGCUAUAGCCCACCCUGUCUUUGACGAGCUGAUGGAGCCUACUGCGCCCUUGAAACGCGCCCAAGCCGCUCUCACCCAGGUCAGCAACUUCGGGUCCAACCCAUCGGGUGCCAAGAUGUACAUCUACGUACCCAGCCGGCUGGCGACGAACCCGCCUGUUGUUGUGGCAAUCCACUACUGCACCGGCACUGCCCAGGCUUACUACAGCGGCUCUCCCUACGCUCAGCUUGCCGACCAAAAGGGCUUUAUCGUCAUCUACCCCGAAUCCCCAUACAGCGGCACCUGCUGGGAUGUGUCGUCCCGGGCGACGCUCAGCCAUAACGGCGGCGGCAAUAGCAACUCGAUCGCCAACAUGGUCAACUACACGCUCAACAAGUACAGUGGCGAUGCCAGCAAGGUCUUUGUCACCGGCUCCUCGUCUGGUGCCAUGAUGACGAACGUCAUGGCUGCUACCUACCCCGAGAUGUUUGCCGCGGGUAUCGCCUACUCGGGCGUUGCGGCUGGCUGCUUCUUGAGCCAGUCUGGCGGCGCGGCCGCGUGGAACAACUCGUGCGCCAACGGCCAGGCCCGUGGAACCCCCGAGGUGUGGGCCAAGAUGGUCACCGACAUGUACCCCGGCUACGACGGCGCUCGCCCCAAGAUGCAGAUCUACCACGGGUCAGCCGACACCACGCUCAACGCCAACAACUACAACGAGACCAUCAAGCAGUGGUGCGGCGUGUUCGGCUACGACUACACCAAGCCCGACAGCACGCAGGCCAACACCCCCCAGUCACGCUAUACCACCUACACCUGGGGCGACGGACAGCUGGUGGGUGUCUACGCGCAGGGUGUGGGACACUCGGUGCCGAUGCGCGGCAGUGACGACAUGAAGUACUUUGGGCUGUGA